AUGGCACUACUGGCUAUACCCGUUGGUUGCGGACAAGGUUACGGUGAGUCGUGGGUACGAAACCCACCUCAGGUGUGUGGAGUACACCAAAGGAAAUACCUGGGGCGGUAUGACAGAACAGAGGGCGGAGCAGAAGGCGGAAACCAAGAGCUCAUGAGCACACAAUCACUCAUUGUAUCUGCAGGGUCCCUCUUGUGGUCAUCAAGUGUAUCGAUCUUCAAGCAGAAGUGGCUGUCUGCUUUGCUCUGCUGCAGGUUGCUGGAGAAAGGCUCAGAGUUUGAGAGGAGGGGAAUGCAGAUCUCUCAUGUCCGUCCUGCAUUUGAAGCUCUUAAGCUUGGCAGACUGCAGGGAAAUCACUUUGAGCUGGUCAUCAGAGACCUAAAGCAUCAUGGGAAACAUGGUCUGGAGCUGCCACAGCUUAUAGAGGAAGCAGUGGAAAAUGUGAAGAACAAAGGCUUUGUGAAUUAUUACGGUCCUCAGCGGUUUGGAAGUGGAUCGUGUGUCCAAGCAGAUCAAGUAGGGCUUGCGCUGUUGAAGGAGAAUAUGGAGGCUUCAGUUAAGCUGUUCUUCACCCCAGAGGAUGACGAUGACCUCCAGAACAAGGCUAAACGUCAUUUUCUUCACACAGGAAAUGCCAAGGAGAGCUUGGCACUGAUGCCAGCGUAUAAAGCCAGAGAGCGGCUCAUGCUGCGGGCGCUCCACCGGUACGGCAGUGGACAGGAGGGUUGCACCCGUGGCUGGCUCAGUUUACCCCACAGCAUGAGGGUCUUCUACCUUCACUCCUACUGCAGCAGAGUGUGGAACCAAGCAGCCAAAUACCGGCUCCAAAAUCUGGGCUUUAAGCCUGUUCAGGGUGAUCUGGUUUGGGCUGAGUCUGUAAAAGGGCUCAAAGAUGCCACAGAGGAGCUCAGCGCUCCACAGAUCCAUGUUGUGACUUCAGAUGAGGAGAAGAAUGAGGUUUUCUCAUUAGACCAGGUGAUUCUUCCUAUGCCAGGAAAUAGUGUCAAGUAUCCAGAAAACCUUUUGGGUCAAUGGUAUCAAGACCGAUUGGCUCAGGACGGUUUAAAGUGCUGCCGAUUCAGAGUGACUCCCCUUAAACUCAACGUUCCUGGAUGUUAUCGACCGCUGCUCGCUAAGCCACAGAACAUCACAUAUAGCCUGCAGACGAGUUCAUCAGACGAGUCUAACACACACUGUCUGUCACUAAACUUUGACCUGGAGGCGUCCUGCUACGCUACUGUGUGUCUCGGAGAGAUUAUGAAGACUAAUCUUUCAUAGGUUACUCAAUGGCACUGAUUAAAGCUGUUUACAGACUAAAAAACAUCAAAUAUGAGGAGCUGUAUUCUUAAUAAAAAGUUUA